AUGGGCACCCCAUGGAUAGGCGGCCAAUUCCAGAAAUAUAUCUUUCAAGGUGAAGAUGGGAGUCUGUGGAUGAUGGGCGAGCAGAUUUCUGAGAAGGUGAUCAAGUCGAACCCAUUGUCAGAAUCCAUCUAUAAUACUUCCGAGGCACAGGCUGUCUUUCGUUGCUGGCAGAUCCGAGGCCCCGGUGUGGGAAAGAGAGCCAUUGUCAAGGUUCGGAUGCAGAUACCUGAAGAUCUUGACGAUGCCUCUCCAGAUCCAAACGUCCGGGCACACGAAGCCUCUGAUGUUUAUGCUAGUGCAACCAUCAAUGAGAUUAAUGCUUUGAUGUGGCUCACUGAAAGAGGCUGUUCCGUGACCCCUCCUCUCCUGUCCCUGACACACUGCCGACAGGGCAUUGAUAAUGUUGUCCCGGGUGGGUGGCUAGUAUUCAUUGUGAUGGAGAGGGUCCCCGGAGUGGCUCUGACUGAGUUUCGGACCUACGACUUUGCCAAACGACAGAAAAUCAGACAGGCAUUUCGCGCAGGUUUGACUGAGCUGUACAGCCACCACGUUACCCAAUUCGACCACAGUCUCGCGAAUAUCAUGUAUGAUGAGAAACAGGACAAAUGCUACUUUGUGGAUUUCGAAGAUGCCGAUACUCACCCCGAAGAGCGCGUUCAAAAGUUCCACGAAUCGGAGUACGAAGAUUGGCUACUAGACGACAAGAAGCUCGUGUAUGGAGAAACAGACCAGGUCAUGUUGGAAAAUGGGAGCCUGGCUUGGCCCACCAUACAUACAAACGGAAUGGAAAAACGUGAGAUUAUGUUGACAGUCGAAUGA